AUGCGACUAUAUCGUACGCAAUGGCAGACUUGCAAACUAAAGUUAAAGACACGGAGAACGAAAAAAAACAGCCUAAUUACGGCAAUUAAGCUGGUUCAACUCGAUCAAUCCAAACCUAGUGGAACCAAAAAUCAAGUUGACACCUGGCAUGUUGUUCGAAAUAAGAAACCAAACGUUAGCAAGGAUGCCCACAAAACGGCCGCCGAUAUCUCGGAUGUUAACAGAUAUGAAGUCCUUAGUGACAGCGAUGUAGAACCAACAGAAGGACAACGCCCGCCUUAUGUCAGAUCGAUCACGACCCACAAGAAUCCUGGCAAUAAAGAAUCAACUUUUGACAAAACUCUUAUUACCGAUUCUCCACCCCAGAAUAGCUAUUCCAAGUCCAAGACAUCCGAAGGUCCCAUAACAAUCUUAGGGGAUUCCAUGAUAAAGAUGAUUAAACCACCUAAACUGAGUCGAUCAAUAGGCGAAAAAGUCAACAUCAAAACAUUUCCUGGAGCAACAAUUAUUAACGACAUGAACCACUACAUACAACCCACAAUGAAGAAACAACCCAAACUGGUGAUUCUACAUGUAGGGACUAAUGACAUUCAACGUAACGAACGCGACGAAAUUGUAGCCGAAAUGAAAUCCUUAUGUCAAGGUAUCGUGUCCCAAAGUUUGUCAAAAAUAGCUAUUUCCGAAAUAAUUAAGAGACAGGACCCGGUUAUAUACAUUAAAAGAGAUAAAACUAAUUCGUUACUAGCUAAGCGCUGUGGUAAAUUCAAGUGGCAGUUUAUUCGGCAUACUAACAUAGAUGCUUCUAAAUUAAAUGCAUCUGGAUUACAUUUGAAUAGCCAAGGAACGGCAAUGUUAGCAAAGAACUUGAUCGAAUCCCUCAAGAAUUGA